AUGUCUCCUGAUCCACUAUACACGCCUAAAGAGGUCCCUCGGAUCAAAAACGCAAAGCGCCUGACAGCCACCCGUACUAAGCAGCUGGUGCGCGCAGCUGAACGUGCCCAUGACGAUCCACCACCGCCGCCGGGUCUGGGCGAAUGCUGCGGGAGCUCGUGCGAUCCUUGCGUAAAUGAUCUUUGGAAAGAGGAACUGGCAUGUUGGAGGGAGCGGUGGGGCGAGGGCGCCAUGGAGAAUAAGAAGGAGCAGGAACAGAAGCCGCGCAUGCCGGGGAGUUUCGACUGCCAGCCUUGCCUGGAGGGUUCUCUGUCUCAAAUCAUUCUCAUUACCUAUGAUAUCAACCUGCACAUCCCGGGACCUCACGCGCGAAUACACAUCCGCAAUCUGCCUAAGCGAGUGACCACCCGACGCCACGGUCCAGAACCCGCCCCUUUCAGCGUCAUCACGGAGCACAGUCUCUACUGCAAAUUCGGCAGCAUCGUUCUCCGUCGUCCAAUGCCAGAUCUCCUUUCCAGAGCCCCAGAUCUCAAGCCUCUUACGUUCCGGAUCCUAAACGCCAUGAUUCGCCGGCGAAAAGUCCCCGUGUCCAGGCCCAGAGAAGAGCACCUCCGCCAGCACCCUGCAGAAAAUAUAAAUGGGGCGAAUGGGCACGCUGAGAUCGACUUGGUUCCGAAUCGAGAUGUACGGAUCGUAACUCUCAUGCUGGCCGAGGGCCAUAUCGCCCCAAUCAUAGUUCCAGCUGGCGGCGACGAAGCGACGUACGUCGACGCGCUCUGCGGCCCGGAUGAGCAGGAGCUGGCCUUCGAGUUGGAGCUCGGGGAUGCCGCUAUAGGCGCAGAUUACGGCAUCGACUCCCUGACAGACGGUGGCUAG